AUGCAUCCUUACAGACGAGAGGUGGAAAUCGCGCAGAACGGGGCCGACCGCGAGCGUACCGCCCGCGCCGUCGCCGAGGCUGCCUUGUCUAAUGCCCGCGAGUCGCUGAAAGAGACUCACGAGAUGCUGAUGGAGAGCCUUGACAACGGCCCCAAGGCCGCCCUCGCCGCCCUACUGGAGGAGAAGAGAGCUGCCGAGGCCAAGGCGGCGGAGGCAGUGGCGAUUGCGGAAGCAGCGAUGGCGGAAGCUGGAAGGAUGCGCGCACUGAGGCAGGGAAGGGGGCAAAACUCGUCGCUGCCGGAGAAAGAGCGAGACCAGGCGCAGAAGGGUCUCGUGGGUAAGCGAAGCGGCGGGCAAGAACAAACGCGAGAUUUCAGUGCGGCGUUGGUCAAGGCGAGAGGCGAUGCGCUGACCUCUAGGGCAAGAGCUUUCCCCGUUCAGGAGCGCCUGGACCAGGUGGAUGUCUCCGGGCUUCAGGCCAGUCUCGCCUCCCUAGCCGCCGAAAAAGCGACGGCCCAUACACGAGCAGCCGAGCUCCAGGCCAAGCUCGCGCGCGUGACCAGCGAACACCGCCGGCGUGCCGAGGCGUCUCGCCAGGCUGACGCCAUCGCCGGUGACCGCUUGUCCUCCGCGGAAUCUCGGGCGUCGGCAGCGGAGGCGCGGUUGGAAUCAGUGCUGCGGCACUUGACGCGGAGCGAACGCCGGCUGCGAGAGGCCGAGCGGGCGGCGGUUGCGGGAGACAAGCGCGGAAAGGAGGCCGAAAGCAAUUUGGAGGUGGAGGGAGUGAAGUUAAAAGACGCCGGGAAACAGGAGAGCGCAACGGGAGGUUACAGGCGCAGAGAUCCGCAUGCUAAUGUGGUUUCGGCGGGACCCCGUAGUAGGACGGGGCGUCGCCGCCUGAGCAGGUGCUCAGAAGAGCGCUUCUACAGCCAAGCUUCUGACAGUACAGGGGUGCCCGCGCCUGAUGGGGUACGGCACACCGCAGGUUGUGUGCGACGUGUCGGGGAAGUGCCCUCGAGCACCGACGCUGGGGUGCGAACGGCAAGACGCCGUGCCAGCAAUGUCGGUGAAAAACAACGGCAACGGAACGACAAAGAAAUAGGGGCCUUGCAGGAAAAGAUGAACGCUUCCAACAACGCUCCAACGGAAAUUUUCGGAGUAGCGAGUUCAGACGAUGAGAACACCACCACGAGCAGCCUUCGCGAGGUCAAGGCUGCUAGACUGCGAGUAGCCGAUGCCGAGCGAGAAGCCGCCGCGUUUAGGGCCGACGCGGACAGAGCAAAAGUCGAGGCCGCGCGAGCGGCGGCUGAGGCUGAGAUUGGUAAGGAACGAGCGGAGAUGGAGUGCGAGCGGUUUGGGCGCGAGUUGAGAGCCACGGAAGAGCAGCUACGUGCAUUGCAAUGUGCCCUAAGUUCGGCUCAGAACGGGAAAAUGAAUGACUUCCCGGCGAUGGGAGGGUCUUGCAUCAACCCGAAGGUGUCGGCAAUCGGAGGCAUCAAUGAGGCGGACAUGAAGGCCCGGGUCGUCAACAAUGGAGGCACGAAGACGUUUCCGCCGCAGCACCAAGGGCAGCAGCAGGAGGCAGUUGGACAAUGCCGUUCGGGCUAUGCAAUUGAGAAAGACGCCACCACUCACCAAUAUGUUCAGGCCACGAAUUGCCCCAGCAGUGGUAAUCAAGCUGACACCACCAUUGCAGUCAAGAACAACAACAGCACUCAACCAGACGGACAAGGCGUGUUCAACGAUGGACCAGCUGGGUUUUGUCCGGCGGAGGACGGCACGUGCUUAUUAGCCAAGAGCGACGAGCAAGGACGGACAUGGAUCGCCGAUGAGGAAGAGCUCUUGCAACAGCCACAGCUUCACCAUGCGGCAAACGUGCGGCUCACGGAAGUUCCACCUCCGAGAACGCGAGCGAAGGUCCGUGCGCCUAACCGAGAUCCUGGAGAAGAGGUGGCGGCCGCGGUAACGGCAACCGGGUGCCGGCGAGUGGCCGAGGAUAGAGUGCGAGAGCUCGAGGAGGUUCUCUCGGUGUCAGAAAAGCAGCAUACCUUGUUCAGGGCCAGGGCGGAGUCUAGACUUGAGGUCUUGAAGCUGGCGUUUGCCCAAGAGCAAGAAGAAGGAGGAGCCCAAAUCGCCUUAGCAACCCUACUGGAUGAGAAGCUGCGAGCAGAACGUCGUGCGAACGAACUGGAGAGCCGCCUCAACGACAUAAUUGCCCAAGCUGCUCAGUCCGAAUCCGACCAGCUCACCAUGGACAUCGAGGAACCACCUCGCACUGCCAACCCUGGCAAAAGUCAUCUCCAGGACGAAAAAAUGCCGGAAACCGCGGCAGAGCUUGGCUCAGACGCAGUCGAUACCACUAGUGAAUCUUGCCUCUCUGCUCCCCUUGUCCGGCUCAAAGCGGAUCACCGACCAGUACACUCGGCUGCAAAGGACAGAACUACCGUGAGCAUCGUGCCGGGCCUCGCCACCUCGUCAGCAGCGACUGGCGCGGAAGACAUCGUCAGAAGGGGGCUUGGCAUUACCGCACCUCGAUCACCAGUGCUCCGCCUCACCGAAGCAGGAGAACGGAUGACCUCGUCCGAGCACGCGCUUCAAGAAGCCAGAGAACUAUCCCGGGUUGCCAUGGAGGAGUCAGAGCUUCUGGGGAGACAGCUGGACGGCGCGCAGGCAGCGGAGAGGGUCGAGGCGGAAGGCAGACGCCUGGCCCAGACCAAGAUAGCUGAUCUGGAAAGGCAGCUCGAAGGCGCGGCAAAGGAGCAGGAGCGCAUGCGCCUGCGGGCUGAGUCGAGGCUCGAGUCGUUGAGGGCGGCCUUCGAACAAGAGGAGGCGGAGGCUGGCGGGAAGGCCGCGUUGGAAUGCUUGCUGGGUGAAAAGGCCGAGCUAUUGGCACGAACGGCUCAUCUCGAGAACCGGCUACACGAAGCCGAAGCGGCAGUGGCAAAGGCAGCUGCCGCGGCUUCCGCUCUCUCAGAGGAGGACAGGACUUCCGUCACCUGGCCGGCCGGAGGUGUACAUGUCGAUGCCGGUGGCAGGACAAACCGCUGCCGCUCUGCAGAAGUGGCAGCAACCCCAGCUGCGGGAGGAGAAGCGGGGCAACAGCAGCAGGCGAAGACGCUGCUGCUGCGAACCGCGGGCAUUGCUUCGAAACAAUCGAGGGACGAGGCCGAUCGCCUCCGCCACGAGCUCAAGUCCGCUCGAGCCGAGCACGCGGAGGUGGUAGCAUCGGCGGCGGAGGAAGGGGCCCGGUCGGCGAGGAAAUUGUCCACACUGCAGGACGCCGUCGAGGAGACAAAGCUGGAGUUCCAGAGCCACAAGGUUAUGGCCGAGGCUAGGUUGGAAAUCCUCAGGGUGGCGUUUGACCAAGAGGAGAGGGAGAACAACGCACAGGCAGCAAUAGCAGUCCUCCUGGAAGAGAAGGUACAAGGGGAGCAGCGGGCCGGCGACGCGUGUCGCGCCGCAAGCGAAAGUCGCUCGGAGACGGCACGGCUCCGAAAACAAGCGGACGGGAUUCUCCACGCCAGGGAACAAGAGGCCAGCACCCUCAAUGGCAAUCGUACAGUCGCCGGGAUGAUUGGUGGAACCCAUUCCAAGGUACUCCCCGCCGUCGAGACCAGGUCGUGGAAGGUGCAUGCCGCGCUAGAGAGCAGCGAGAAUCAAUCGAGUGGCGAGCAGAACACAGCUGGCCACAAUGAUAGCUCCUGUGGGAGCCGGGUCGGGACCGGGAACUCCAUGCAAGAGGUAGUCCAGGAGUUCAACAUGGCCGACGGAGAGGUUGAGGCUGUCGGGAACGACCGAGUUCGAGGCCAAACGGAGGCUUCGAUGACCAGGGCCAGCGAGCACGCCACCGCCGUCGAAGCAGAGUCUCAGGGAACCUCCCGCCAGUUGACGAGAGUUGCCGCGGCAGAGCGGACGGCGUCGAGGGAUACCGCCCUUGGACGUACCGAGAAGGCACUGCGAGGCGCUAGGACAGACGCAGAGCGUCUUCGAGGGGAGCUAGAGCGAGCGCGAGCAAUGGAGACAACAACCCGGGUGGAGGCUGAGGGGAAAAACAAUGAGUCGAUGCGCAAGAUUGCCCAGCUCGAGGGGAGCCUUCGGAAGACCGUUGCGGAACACGACCGCUCCCGGGAACGGGCGCAGGUGGAGCUUGGGCAGCUGCGGGCAACGCUCGAGCGCAGAGAACGCGAAGAGCGCGCGGAGAGGGCAGCGAACGGAGUCUCUUCCGUGGUGGAGACAGAAGAGGCAACUGUAGAGGCGGCGGGCGAACGAGGUGGAAGCUCGGAAAACUCGAGAGACGAACUUCGCGUCGCCGAAGAGGCUGUCGGUAAAGCCACGAAAGAGGUUGCGUUUCUCAGGGAGGAGUUGGCACGUUCGGCUGAAACGGCGGCAAGGUCGAAAGAAGGGCAGGAGACCGCGGAAACGAGGGUUGCCGAGCUGGAAGGCGCGUUGGAGGGGGUGGCAGAGGAGCACGUUCUCUUCCGAAAGAGGGUAGAAGAAAGACUCGAGACGCUUAGGGCGGCGUUUGAGGAAGAAAACCAGGAGAACGGGGCACAGACCGCGCUUACGGCCCUGCUUAUGGAGAAAGAAGAAAUCGAGCGGCGUUCCGCGGAAGACCUCAACACGGCGGAAACUAUCCGCUCCGGACUGGAACACAAGCUCGAAGCCGCGACCAACGCACUGGGACCGGCAGAGGCUAGGCUGAUUUCACUCGAGGCCGAGCUCGAUGCCGCAAAGAAGGUCCAAGUGUCCGAACAACAGCCAACGGCGGGCAAAGCAGCUACUGCUGCGGGUAGACAUGCUGGUGGCGAUAACGGCAGCGACCAUGACGAAGCCAGCAGCUCUGCCGCGAAGGAGGGGAGUGGGCAAGGUAGGGCAGCAGACUGCUCGGUUGCCGAUACGCCGGGGUCAGACCCCGUAUCGCAAGACGGCGUCCGGGGUCAAGAGCGAAGGCCGCAAAAGUCGGAAACAGAUGCAGCACCGGCGGAGACCGGGGAGGGGCGUGCGGAGCUCGGCCGCCCGCAGGAAGCCGGGACUACGGCUAUCGCCGCUGCGACGCAAGAGAUCGAAUCAUCAGACGACAGGAUAUCUGUGCUAGAAAGACAAGUCUCCAAGGAGGGGGGGCGAAGUCAAGCGCUGCCGGAGACUCCGCUGGAUGGGGCCCAACGCCAGGCUGCCGAACGAUUUGCGGCCCAAGAAGCAACGCUCCACGGAGCAAAACAAUCGUUGGACCAGGCCAGAGAGGAGGUCGACACUCUGCGCUGCCAGCUUGCCCAAGCACUCGCCCGAGAGAGGGAGACUGCCGAGGCCGUUGAGGACGAAAGGCGGGUGGCUGGACAGAGGAUAGCUGAGCUGGAGGACGCCAUCGCUGAGUCAAAACGAGAGGGUGCUCUGCUCCGGGAGCGUACGGAGGGCCGGUUGGAGAAGCUGAGGCUAGCCGCGGAAGCAGAGGAGGAGGAAAAGGAUUCUCAGGCGGCCUUGGCAGAGCUGCUGCACCAGAAGUCCAUCUCCGACGGCUUCGCCGCCGAGCUGACCCAGGCCGCCGUCGACGCACGCGCGGACUUCGAGCAGAAGCUGAACAGCGCACACGAAGCGCUGCGACUGGCGGAAGCCAGGGCAGCCGGCCUGAAGGUCGACCUCGAGGAGGCCGAGGCUAGAGCUGCCGCUUCCGCAGUGGCGGGACAACUACCGGGAGCGGCAGCAGAAGGAAACGCCGCUCUCGUACGCCAUGGCACGGAAGGACGGCCCCUUGCGACCGAAACGGUCUCGGUGGCGGCAGGAGCAGGGGAGACAGAAGCGCCGUUACCGCGGAGCUCCGAAGACAAGGUUUCCUUCCAAGAAACAGGGCGUGCCACGCAACACUCGGAGGAAGCCAUCACCAGCGCAACCACCGGGUACUCUUCCCCCCGACAAGAGACGGAGACGACAGCGCAAGACGGCGACUUGAAGAGGCGCUUGGAAAGGGAAGUCGGGCGGGCCCGGGCGAGCGAGGCGACGGCGAGAGACGAGACGGCCGCAUUGAGGAGGAGGGUGUCGGAGCUGGAAGCGUCGAUGGCGGCGUCUCAGCGGGCGCACGACUCGUUCCGGGAGCGCACGGAGCUGAGGCUGCGGAGUCUGAGGCUGGCGGUUGAAGACGAAGAGCUGGAGGGGGGAGGACAGGCCGCUCUCGAGUGCCUGCUACACGAGAAGACCGAGGACCAGGCAAAGGUAAUCAGCCUAGAGGCUCGGUUGCUCGAAGCUCGCGACGCAGUAGACACCACGGAGGCUGAACUCCAAGCGGUAGUAUCGGAGCUGAAGCGAGUGGAGUGCUUGAACUCCGAGCUGUUAGAAGCGGCUACCCCAACACCGCCAGCGGUGGCGUUGUUGGACCGACAACCGUUGGAGGCUAGGUUGGAAGGGCUUCGGGUUGCCGUAGAAGAGGAAGACGAGGAGAACGGGGUACAGGCUUCUCUGGCGGUUCUUCUCGAGGAAAAAAUGAAGCUUGAAGGUCGCGUGGUGGACUUAGAGCGGCAGCUGAAAGAGGCCUACGAAGCUGCCCACCGGGCGAAAGGGGAUAAUGCACCGACACCGCCAGUGACGCCGCGGCCACCCGACGCAGAAGCUGAUGAUGGUUAG